GGCAGGGCGGGACGCCAACGAACUACUCCGGUUACUUGGUGGACUUCUACUGCUACAGCCUCUGCAACCUCGGCAGCGUCGCCCUGGACGGCAGUAACCAUCACCGGCCCCAUGUGGCACACCCUGCACUGCCUGAGGGACGUGCCGCAGUGCCGCGACUACUUCCUGGCGGACAGGACGGGCGGGGAGUACCGCAUCAGGUUUACGCUCGACGAGGCCUCGCAGGAGGCCGCGCUGCGUCUCGUCGACUCGGUCCCGGUCGGGAGCGACUGGGACCACGAGCCUUUUCGGGUCACGGCCCAGGGGUAUCAUGGCCAGAGGGACGGCGUUCUCAGGGACGCGGCCUUCAGCGUCUGCUUCGGCUCCGCGGGCUGCGACGGCGACUGCCAGGGCAGCUGCGACGUCCCGGCGGGGGAUCGUGACUUCACGCUGAGCCCUGGCUUCCUGCUGGUCGGUCACGUGGUCUGCAUGUGCCUCUCUUGGGGCUGUCUCCUGCCCCUGGGAGUCGUCUGGGCCCACUACCUCAGGGAUAGCCAGUGGGAGCCGGGGGGCGUGCCCGCGUGGUUCCAGGGCCACCGCUGGCUUCAGUCCAUCGGCGUCUGCCUGCAGCUUGUCGGCUGCGUCUUCAUCCUGCUCUGGAAGAGGGCGGCCCACUUCAGGCUCCCGCACGAGAUUAUAGGUCUGGUGGUUGUUCUCCUCGGUUGCCUACAGCCCCUCAACGCCCAGCUGCGCCACUUGAAGGUGGUGGGCCACGCGGGCCGCGGGGCAGGGCCUUGGAGGAGGGCCUGGGAGCUGUUGCACAAGGGCAGCGGCUACACCGCCGUGGCCCUAGGCUUCGUCUCGAGGAGAGAGACCUAG